UCAUUCGUUGUUGUUUCCAGGAACACAUCAGGAUGCCUGAACCCGCCAAGUCUGCGCCCAAGAAGGGCUCCAAGAAAGCCGUGACCAAGACCGCCGGCAAAGGAGGCAAGAAGAAGAAGAGAAAGACCAGGAAGGAGAGCUACGCCAUCUAUGUGUACAAGGUGCUGAAGCAGGUGCACCCCGACACCGGCAUCUCCUCCAAGGCCAUGAGCAUCAUGAACUCGUUCGUCAACGACAUCUUCGAGCGCAUCGCCUCCGAGGCUUCCCGCCUGGCUCACUACAACAAGCGCUCCACCAUCACCUCCAGGGAGAUCCAGACCGCUGUGCGCCUCCUGCUGCCCGGUGAGCUGGCCAAGCACGCAGUGAACCGGGCCUUCCUUGCAAUGUCGGAGUUCUUCUUGGUCUUGUUGGUCAGUCUGUUCAACGAGUGGGACACUUCUAUGAAGUCACAGUCCAGCUUUAUUGUCUUCGACAAGAGGAACAAGGCCACCUGUUUCUUCAUGGUCACGUCGGCUGGGCUGCAGCGCUUCUACCGACAUCCCUGUAGAGACUCGGAGACCAAAGUGUCCCGCAGUCCAUAA